AUGUUAAAAGCAACAGGAAUCGAUACUUUUAUUUGUGCGAUAAGACAAAUAUUUUCUAGAGUCGAUUUCGAUGCUUUUGGCUUCUUCUGUGACGUACAAGCCGGAUUAGAAGUUAUAGAGUUCUGUACAAAGGACCAACAGAUAAACAAAAUAGUUUUUGACAUCGUACAGAAGAUGAAACCAACACAUCUCAAGAUUUAUCGCAGAAAAAAUUACUUAAUUUACGCAUCAAUGCAAAAACUCGGCAGAAACAAUUAUUACGUUGUUGGCGUGAUCGACAAAAAUUAUCCGAUUAUUUACAGCAUAGAAGAACCAUUUGCAACCCUUGCUUUACUUUUAUCUUUAAUUUUCCAUCUUAAUAUUUCACUUUCUGAAGAUUCCAAGACACUACAACGUGUACACGAUCUAUUUAGACGUAUUGGCGUAUUCGGAUUAUUCGAAUUUUACGGAAGUACCGGUGAAAGUUGUGAUAUCUUAUCUCAUCAGUCAAAAUGGUCGAUUAAAAUGACAGAUGACCUUGUAAACUGCAUAAAGAAGACACCAUACAACACAGACGAGCUUCACAUCUACAAAAUGCCAAAUAAUCAGUGGAUUGGAAUUAUUUCAAGGGUUGAACGCGAUUACAUCAAAUCCCACUACGUGCGAACGAUCCUUGUUGAAGAUCUCACAAGAAUGAAGAAGGUUUGUGACAAAGAAACAGAUAUUCACUCAGAUGAAUUAUUAUUACAACAAAUGUUGAAUAUUCAUGUAUUCCAUAAAGGUAGUAAUUACAUGGAUGAAUCACUUGCCCAAGAACUUGGAUAUUCUCGACCAAUUGACUCGAUUUUCGACAUAAUUUACCCAGAAGAUGCAGGAUUCUUCUCAAAGUACAUCAGAACGCCAAAUUGGAUUACAUUCAGACUCAAGAGCAGCACGGGAGAGUACAUGUGGUACUGUUCUUACCAUAACUGCUUAUUCUGUAUCCACGAAGAUUUACAACAGCCGACAGCAGAGUUUGCCAUUGAUUUGGACCAAACGCUGAUGGCUGCUGCAGGUAAUUACAUCAACUUGUACUCAAUCGAUGUUAAAACCGAUGAAAUUUUAACUGCAUUCGCUCCUCAGCGGUUUGUACCACAUAUCGGUCGCGAAUUCGUAGAGUAUUACGAAGAAUCAUUUAAAUCCAAGUUCGAAUUGAACUACGCUAAGAUCAAAUCCGGCGAACAGACGAGUUUGCAUUUUCUCGCAUUAGUAAUCACAACAGAUGAAAAGACAUACAGAUGGUAUGACACCAUUAUGGAAAGGCAUCAAAAUGACACCAUCGCUUCGCCUUCAUUCUUUGCGAUUACGAGAAAAGAUUCAAAGACCAACUCAUUGAUGCAAAAAGUGUCAUUGAUUUGGCACUUUUCCAUUCAAAUGUUGUUCAUUGGGAAUUUGAGAACGAUGAUGAGCAAGAACUUGUUUUUACAUCACGUCCUGUUACUUACAAGCCCGUACACCUGA